AUGGAUACCGCAAGGACCGAUCAGCCGGCCAAGGAUGAAGUCCUGCUGAAGCCCGAAGACGAUCAGAGUAGUGCCGCCACCGCUCAAAAUACCACUGCCGACCCCAACAACCCUUCGCCAAACGCCGACGACCACAAGCCCGCCAAGAAGUCGCCCUCUCAAAAAAAGAAAAAGACCUCCAAGUGCAAAAAGUACGUCUCCGUCAAGUCAAAGAAGGCUGCUCGCCGGAAGGCAAAGGCCAAGCGCGAUUCUUCAGACAGCAGCGACUCUUCCAGCGAUUCUUCAGACGACUCGGAUUCCGACGACGACGACGACGACGAUGAUGACGACAAGGAUGCUGCUGGGACGUCCAGCUCCGAGGAGGAGGAUCGGAAGAAACGCAAAGAGCGCAAGAAGAAGAAGGCUGCAAAGCGUGCCUUGAAGGCAAAGAAGCAGAAACGCCCCUCGAAGCGUCGUAAUUCCUCCGACGACUCCUCCGACGACUCCUCAGACUCCUCCAGCUCAGACUCUGACAGUGAUUCCUCCGACUCGGACUCGGACCUGGACGACAAGCGCUCGCGCAGGCGCAAGAAGAACAAGAAGAACAACAAGCGCCGCCGCGCCUCUGAAACUGACGGCACCGCCACCGACGCCUCGCUUGACAGCCCCGACCCCGAAGAGCCAAAUCCCUUUGCCGCCAGCAUGGCUGCUCUCGAGGCGCAGUUCGCUGCCCAGAUAAACGCUCUCAAGAUCUCCAUGCUGUCGCAGCAGGCUGCCAGCGGUACCGCCAAGAAAUCGCGAGAUGCGCCUGCCGAUUCGGGAAAGAGCAAGAAGCGGUCAAAGAAGCAGCACAAGAGUAGUAGUAGUAGUAGUGGUGGUAGUAGUGGCAAGAAAAAGGGCAAAAAGGGCAGCACGCUCGAGUUCAAGCGCGUCGACCAGCUCUGGGACACCACCAUCCACAACUACAAGCUGACCGAGAGCGCCGAGGACCAGGUCGACGAGUUUGACGAGUACGUCUUCACGGUCCGGAGAAAGUUUGACUGGGAGAACAAGUACCGCAACACCGUCGUCGACAUCAAGUCAAAGGUCCUGCGCGACGCCCUCAAGGAGAUUAUGAAGGAGGUCAAGAGCGUCUCCCUGGUCGAGGACGAGCCCUGCAUCGACCCCAACAUGCUCUUCCUCUACCUCGAAGAGAUGCGCGUCCAUCGCAAGAAGACGCUCAAGCCGCGCCUCAAGAAGGAGAAGAAGAAGAAGCUCAAGCGCCGUCUCAAGAUGCAGAUUUCCCACCUCAAAGUCCUCGAGUCCUACCUCGACGAGGACUACGCCGACACCAAGAAGACGCUCUAUCCCAUGCUCGAGGCCGGCAACAUCACCUUUGACCUGCUCUGGGCCCUCUUCAAGCCAAACACCAUUGCCUUCUGCGCCACCUACGGCUCCAAGGACGAUCCGCGAUGCUUCAAGGUCGACUACGCCAACAAGGAGUCCUCCUUUCUCAAGGGCGAGUGGUACAGCAUCGAGGGCCGCUAUCUCGAGUAUGACGGCAAGAAUUUCGGGCACGGCGAGUUUGAGCAAACCGUCGAGUCGUUCAAGGGCCCGCGCAAAAUCACCUCGCUGGCCGUCUAUCCGCUCAGCUACCACAAAGACCCCGAUGGGAUGAAGAAGACGCUGGUCGAGCGCGGCCAGAAGUUUGUCACCCUCCAGGGCAUGAACUACAAAUUCCUCAACGGCCUCGGCUUCCAGAAGAAGAAGAAGACCGUUGCCAAGGUCAACAUCAAGGGCCGCGUCAUGAUUGACCCGGCCAUCUUCCGCCGCAUCAACCCCAACUACCACAUCUCCGUCGUGCGGAACCGUGCGGGUGAUGAUUUUUUGUCGGAUGACGAGGAUAAUAGUGACUGCUCCGACUGCUGCUGUUCCGACUCGGACGACAACAACUCUGCCUCUGCCCCGGUCGCCCCUGAAGACGGCGGCGAGGGCCCGAGUCUGCCCACCGACGCCGACGAGGAGGUCGAGCGGUUCAAGUACACGGUCGUCAAGGACCGCGACCAGACCUAUCGCGUCGUCCGCGUGCCCGUCGAUGCAAACGGCCGCGCCCUGCAGGUCGAGCGUCUCGAGACGCUCGCCACGCCCUCGUCCUCGGACGGCACAUCCCCCUCCGACCCCGUGCCCGACGAGACGCCCCCCUACACCCCGACCUCUUUCAGCCCCGAGGACCUCUUGAUCGCAUCGCCUGUCGUGCUCGGCUUCGCCUUUAGCGAGAAGCUCUGGCUCGAGCUCAGCCUCAACGGCAUCAGCGAGAUCUCCUGGAAUACCGAGGCCUUUUCCUCCCUCGUCCUGCCGCCCGCCCAGAAGUCGAUUGUCAAGGGCAUGGUCAGCUCCCACAAGUUCCACGCCGCCCAACGCAUCGACGAUGUCGUGCAGGGCAAGGGUCGUGGCCUCGUCUUUGUGCUGCACGGCCCGCCCGGUGUCGGCAAGACGCUGACGGCAGAGGGCAUUGCCGAGUACCUGCACGUGCCGCUCUACUCGGUCAGCGCCGGCGAGCUGGGCACGCAGAGCAGUCAGCUGGAGCACGAGCUGCAGAAGAUUAUGGACAUUGCCCACUCCUGGGGCGCCGUGCUGCUGCUCGACGAGGCCGACGUCUUUUUGGAGAAGCGCGAGGUGCACGACAUUCACCGCAACGCCCUCGUCUCCAUCUUUUUGCGCCUGCUCGAGUACUUUCAGGGCAUCCUCUUCUUGACCACGAACCGCGUCGAGACGUUUGACGACGCCUUCCAGAGCCGCAUCCACAUGCCGCUGCGCUACGGCGAGCUGAGCGUCAAGGCCCGCAAGGAGAUUUGGCGCGGCUUCGUCGAGCGCGUGCGCGAGGGCGGCAUGCGCGUCGCCGAGUUUGGCGACAAGGAGCUGUCCGAGCUGGCCAGGGGCGGCUUGAACGGGCGCCAGAUCAAGAACGCCGUCCGCACCGCACAGUCGCUCGCGCUGUCGGAGAAUGAGGAGUUUACAAUCGACCAUAUCAAGAAGGUGCUAGCCGUGACCGAGGACUUUGACCACGACAUGAAGGGCGGCACCGGCUAUCUGGACGCGAUGCGCAGCUACACCUGA